UGAAAAUUUAAUUUUCUUGUACUUCAUCUAUAUUUUAUUUAUAGCAAAUAAAGUAUUUAUAAUUCAUGUAUACCACGAACAUAGAUUGACGUUGUCGUGUGUAAUAAAAUAAUGCAUAAGUGUAUAAUAUUUAUAUCAAAAGAUUUAAUCAACGUGGUCGUAUUCAUGAUAAUUGUAAAACUGUAAUUUAAUCAGUUUAAAGGGUUUUAAUCGGUUAAAGUUCCCAUUAUCACACGACACAUUGAUACCGCAUAUGGAACUUUGUGUGAUUUUAGAUGGACAAUUUUAAAAUGUAUAUAUUCGUGGAGGACAAGAACGACUACGUUGGUUCGACCAUCAAAAGAUUUAAAAUUUAAACCCGCGCCGAGCCCGAAGGUAUCUGAACAUAUGUCGAGAUUCCGGAGUCGCGUAGUGGACGCGAAUGAAUUAUGCAUCCUACUCGCUAAAUUUGCUUUCCUCUGUUUUAAACUAACGAUUUUCUGCUGCGGGCGACUUUUAACUAUUUAGUAAUUUAACUAAUUUGAAAAGAAGGAAAGACAAAAUAAUAAUUUCAAUAAUUUAUCAAUAUAAAGUACAUUUUUUAGAAUAAUGUAAAAUAAAUGUAAACGUAAAAUAAAAUCAAAUUUAACACCGUUAAAUUUAAUAUAAAAUAGAUGAAAAUUUGAGCGUACCAUAAAAACAGAGACGGAAAUAAUACAGUAAAUUUUCACAAUGUGAACUAGGUUACCGCGAUAAUACAUUUAUCAAAUACCAUAUAUUAAUACUAAGAGGAUUUGUAUAUAUUACAAAGUUCAUCAUCAUCGUGCAACUUGCAGAACGUGGAAUUCGUAUUAUUUUUCAAAAUAUUAAAGUCCCAUAUUUUCACGUUAGAUACAUAUUGGACAUCAUUUUAAUGGUAUUAUUACCGCGUAAAAGAAAGUAUAAUAUUUCUUUUGUAUUAGAGUCAGCAAUUUUAUUUCAGGACAGUGAACGUUUACGAGGAUCCUCAAACGCUGGCGAGAUCAGUGAACAAUAUUUCUUGGUCGCCAGACUCUGGUAGUAAAAUGGUGGUCUCGUACUGCUCCUUUGGAAUCAAGCCAGAUUAUAACAACAUUGCGUACAUCUGGCAGAUUGGUAGGUGGAAAGAGCGUGCAAGAGCCUUAACAGCAUUUAGACGGUGCACUUGAUUACGGUUGCACAACGUUCGCUCUUAAUCCGCAUUAACGUUUUUAGUAACGACGAGUUUUUUAUACGGCAUGCAAAUAGCUUCGAUAAAUAACAAUCUCAAUCGUUUUAAUCAAUCGUUUUAAGAGAAUACAUGCGUUGCUUUUAUUCUUUUCUACAAUUAUCUAAUUGUUCGUAAUAAAACAUUUUAAAUUUUGAAAGUAACGAAACGUCAGAAAUUUUUAUUAUUUGUUGACGUUAAAUAAAUCUUUUAAUAAAAGAUAUAUAAAAAUAUCUGCCAAUAUAACUCUGUUAUAAUAGAAAUAAAUUAUAUGUACGGUAUAUUAUUAAAUUAUAGUAGAAAUUGUUAGAUAUAUCACAUAAUUUGUAAGUAAAACAGACAUUUUCUUUCAUUUCAUUUUGAACAUAAAGUUAGAUUACAAAGUCCUACGUGGAAUUCCAUUUUAGCGAUGAGAUAUACGAUGCAAAUUCUCACUACACAAUAUCUAUUCGAUACUCGAUAAAAUGUUGAUCGAUCAAGUUGUAAUGCAUUACUAUUGAUUAAAAAUGCAAUGUUUCUACAUCAGCAACUGCAAUCAUCUUAUUUCUAUAACGAAUGAAACGCUAGCCAAACAAUGCACGCGAAUAAAUCGGAUACAAAAACCCAACGAUAUUGCAUUUCUCGCGUAUCGGAAAUGGAAUGUGUAGCCAUACACUUCAUUCAACGCAUGUAUUUUUUAACGGUACGUCUCUAAUGGCUUGAAAUCGGAUUUCACGAGCGCAACUUUUUAAUCUUUUAAAAAUAACACACUGUUUUUCUAUGCGUUCGUACUCGUACGGUCGACGACCGUAACGUCGUGAAACUGGUCCCAAACAUUCGGAAAACAUCACGGCAGACAAUCCUAAUAAGCCGUGGAUGGCACUGGAGGCUCCGUCUGCCACGGUGGUCAGCGAGUUUAAUCCCCGGGAUCCUUCCAUACUUGCCAGCGGCUUGGUGUCAGGCCAAGUUUGCAGCUGGGACGUCAGGACUGGCACCUCUCCGGUUCAAAUGUCUCAUCGUCAAUUCAGUCAUUGGGAUUGCACGACGGUGGUGAAGUGGAUCGCCACGAAAAGUAAUACAGAGUUUUUCUCGGGUUCCUCGGACGGCCGUGCCAUGUGGUGGGACACCAGGAAGUUGCGACAACCCACUGAAAUUCUCGUGUUCGAUUUUGAAACGCCAAAUGAGCCGAGGAUGGACCGUGCGACCGGAAUCAUGUCGGGUGAUUAUGAACCGAGCGUAGGCACGAAAUUCAUGUUCGGUUUUGAGAAUGGCAUGGUGAUCAGUGGUUCGAGAAAAGCGAGAACGCCGGCCGACAAAAUGGCCUUGAGAUUCAAUGCUCAUUACAGCCCAGUUUUUUCCGUCGAUCGCAGUGGUUUCAAUCCAAAGAUUUUUAUGACUAUCGGCGACUGUACGGCUCGUUUUUGGGCAGAAGACACUAGAGACAGCAGUCUCGUAGCGACAAGAUUUAUACCAGAGGGCGCAAUCUGUGGUUGCUGGAACAAAACAAGGCACUCUGUAUUUUAUGUAGCGACGCGUAUCGGUGUGUUGACUAUAUGGGACCUUCUGGAGGGCCUGCAAGAACCAAUCUUGGCAGUGAAACUAUGCGAGCAAAAAUUAACUGCGGUCGCGUCACACGAGAUGGGUUCUUUAGUGGCCGUCGGAAAUUCUGCCGGUUAUGUUUAUCUUGUUGAAUUGACGAAGGCAUUAUAUACGUUUGAUAAAAAUGAUAGAAUCGAUUUAACGUCAUACCUGGAUAGAUGUUCGCGUUUCGCAAAGGCAAUAGACACGAAAAUGAAAGAAAUAAAAUUAACAAGAACUGCAGAGGAACCGCCGUCAGAAGUUUCGUUAGCAGAUCUGAGAGAUAAAAAGAAGGAUAAACGAUUAAUGAAUGAUCGUAACAAACGAAAAAUCGACAAAGAAAGGCUAAAAGAGACACGAGAGAAAUCUAAAAUUAUAUCCAAGAAAAAACUUAAAGAAGAAUCUCCCGAACUGCAAGAAGUAGAAGACAAAUUUUUUGAGAUUGUAAAAAGGGAAAAACAGCAAUAUGAAGAACUCGAGGAUUUAGAUAUCUCAUCUUCGAAAAUAAGUCGCUUCACGAAAAAAUUCACGGGUCGAAAAAUCGAAAAGGAUUCACAUUUACCGAUAGAUGAAGCGACAGAGCUCGAGAAAAUGCCACCCAAGAAAAUAUUCAAAGUGCGAGAAAAAUAUCCAAAGAAAACCGAGACCGUCGAAAUUUCCAAGGCGGAAAUAGCGCAAGACGUUGAACAGGAGAAGGCAAUGGCGGAAGAGCCCUUGCCUUUGUUGGCAGAAGAGCCCUUGCCUCCGUUGGUGGAAGCGAUUGUAGAAUCUCCUCUGCAGGAAAUUAGCAAGAGAAAGCGCAGAAAGAAGGCGCGGAAGAAGCGAUUGCGACCCGUCAUUUUCAGAUUGGCGAGACCGUGUAAAGUUGUUGUUUGCAAACCUAAUAUUUGCUGCCGCAGAACUACCUCUAGAAAAUUAAUUAGACCUACAGAUCGAACAGUCAAAGAUCGUGAGAAAUGGAGCGAGGUCGACGAGAGAACGAGAUCGAAGGAUGACAUCAGAACGAGAUCGUCAAUCAAGGACAAAAUGAAACGGAAGGAAAGAGAAUGCUGGACGAAGCUCCUGCGCGUUUAUAAGCGCAGAGAGUUAACUAGGGAGUACAGCGGGGAAGAAAAAAUUCGUUUCUUUCAGAAAAUAAUGGCACCUCCUGAGGAAUUCGCCAGCAUGACAGAAGAUGUGAGAAAAGCUAAAAAGGAAAUCCAAGAAGCUAACAUGGCAAGGACAAAAGCAAGGGAACUCACCAAGAAAACUCUGAAAAGCAGAGCUAUGGCUGCGGAAAAAUCCCGAGACACCUCAAGAGGAUCGGAAGGAGGUGAGGAGAAACGUGUUAAGGAGGUCACAAGCAGGACGAGGAGGAUUCUUACGGCGCGGAUGGGAAAGAAGAUGCGUACGGUUGUCAUGACAGAUCGUUGCAUUCCUUGGGAACCACCCUCCCUUGCGAAGGAUCUGCAGACACUUUUCGUAGGUUUUCUGCCGGAAUCGAUCGACAAAGAGACGAAACCCGACGUGGCUUAGGCGGAGGAGAUCGAAGCCACUCGCGUUAGAGUUUAUCUACGGAUUUCCGACUUCCAAUCCAUCGCGUAAUGUUGCGUUAUCCAAAGCGUUCCUAGCUUUCCCUCAUGUUAGUGUUACAAGACUAACUUCAAAAAUUUUUCUUUCUUUAUUGAGAGAGAAAGAGAAUAUGAAUAUUUAUUUUUUUUUACGUGAUUUUUAAUAAUAUUUAUUGUAUUUUGCACACGUAAUUAUAAUUAGAAUUAGUUAAGAAUUCCAAAUAAAUAUCCAAUAUAAUUCUUGAUGAAUAUAAAAUAACUUGAUGAAUAUCAAAUAAUUAUAUUAAAUCAACAACGGCCUAGUGAAUUUAUUAUUAUAGUUAUUUCUUCUUGGCAAUAAAUAUACUUAUGUGUGCAUUGUAUUA